CUCGUCUGUUUGGCCAAUCAGGGCGCAGAAGAGGCGGGACUUGUCAGAGCAACGCAUCAAGUCGCUACUUCCUGAAACAAAUCCGAGGAAAAGCGUCUUCAGGGUGAUUGUAGUGAAGUUAGGAAGCACAAACGCCGUCACAGAGGCUCGGAGUCGCCUGGGGCCGAGAGCACACGCCCCCCUCGGAGGUGCAGCGGGACCCGUACCAAGAUCCAUGGAGGCGAACAACCGAACGAGCAAGCCGAGGACCGGCGUGAAGAAAUGCUCGUGGGCGUCCUACAUGACCAACUCGUCCACUCUGAUCGUGAUGAUCGGCCUCCCGGCCAGAGGCAAAACCUACAUGUCCAAAAAGCUGACUCGCUACCUCAACUGGAUUGGCGUUCCCACCAAAGUGUUUAACCUGGGCGAGUACCGGCGGGAAGCCGUCCGCUCGUACAAAUCGUACGACUUCUUCAGACACGACAACGCCGAGGCCAUGAGGAUCAGGAAACAGUGUGCUCUCGUGGCUCUGCAGGACGUGAACAGUUACCUGAACGAGGAGGGAGGACAGAUCGCUGUCUUCGAUGCCACGAACACGACUCGAGAGAGACGAGAUCUCAUCCUGGAGUUCGCCAAGGAGAACGCGUACAAGGUGUUUUUUGUUGAGUCGAUCUGCGACGAUCCAGAUGUCAUCGCUGAAAAUAUCAUGGACGUGAAGGUGUCGAGUCCAGACUACCCCGAGAGAGACCGUGAGAGCGUCAUGGAGGACUUUCUGAAGAGAAUCGAGUGCUACAAAGUCACCUAUCAGCCCUUAGACCCAGACCUUCAUGACAAAGAUCGCUCCUUCAUCCAGGUGAUCAACGUAGGCCAGCGCUUCCUGGUGAACCGAGUGCAGGAUUACAUCCAGAGCAAGAUCGUGUAUUACCUAAUGAACAUCCACGUUCACAAACACACCAUCUACCUCUGCCGUCACGGAGAGAGCGAACACAACGUGCAGGGUCUGAUCGGGGGUGACUCGGGCCUGUCCACUCAUGGGAAAGAGUUUGCUGUGGCUUUGAGGGAUUUCAUAGUGGAGCAGAAGCUAGUGAAUCUGAAGGUGUGGACGAGCCAGCUGAAGCGCACCAUCCAGACGGCUGAGGCUCUGGGCGUUCCGUAUGAGCAGUGGAAAAUCCUCAACGAGAUUGACGCUGGAAUCUGUGAGGAAAUGUCCUACGACAGGAUCAAGGAGAAGUAUCCUGAUGAAUUCUCUAUGAGAGAUCAGGACAAAUAUCAUUACCGUUACCCAGGAGGGGAGUCGUACCAGGAUCUGGUGCAGAGACUUGAGCCGGUGAUAAUGGAGCUGGAGAGGCAGGGCAACGUGCUGGUUAUCAGUCACCAGGCCGUCACUAGAUGCCUGCUUGCGUACUUUCUGGACAAAAGCGCUGAUGACUUGCCCUAUCUGAGGUGUCCUCUCCAUGUGGUGCUGAAACUCACCCCUGUGGCUUAUGGUUGUAAAGUGGACAUGUUCGACCUGAAUAUUGAAGCUGUGAACACACACCGGAACAGACCACUCGCCAACAGUAAACAAGGGGCCCUGAGGAGGAACAGCUUCACUCCCAUGUCGAGUCAGGACCAGGUGAAGCGGCAACGAGUCUUCAGCGUCGGAAACCCGCCGCACACCCCUCUGCCUCCGUCGCUGAGCUCAACGGACGUCUUCGAGGAACUCACUGAGAAACAAGUUAGACUUCUGAUACGUAGAGACACCAGAGAACAAAGAACACACACACAUAUUUACAAAAGCAUCCAAAUACAGCGUUAAUGCUCAUUUUGUUGCUUUGUUUUUGGAUAUUGGAUAAAGGUCACUAUGAACAACUUGAAUAAAAAAAGACCUGUUGAUGUUUUUCCAUCCUCCAUUCUCCAUUCUCCAUUAUCCUGUUUUAGCCUGGCAGGAGCUAAUUGCUUUUCUGCACACCACCUAUACAAAGAGUGGUUGUUAGAGUUACCAUAGCUCAUUAAAGCUCUUUCAGUGUGUGUGUGUGUGUGUGUGUGUGUGUGUGUGUGUGUGUUUGUGAAUAGAUCUCUUGUAUCUGCUUGAUGAUGCUGAUUAUGCUGGUCAGCAUACAUGUUCAAGAAAACAUCUGAUAUAUCAAUGUCUCAAAAGCAUUAGUUUUGCAAAUGAGCUUUGAGGCUACUAUAGGAACGUGUUUCUGCCACAAUAAAAAAAGAGUUUGCCUAAUUUCCGACUUUAUUUCACCCAAUCUGUAGUGCCAGGAAGUUUUACACACUGAAUAUUAAACAGGUCAAUCCAUAGAUCGAUCUGUAAAACUAUAGAUAACAUAAAGGACUACUUCAGUCAUGAUUACACAAAUUACACAAAGGCAUAGCUCAAGCUAACUUUUGGUUGUUAGAAGUCAAAACUGCAAGAAAUGAAGUUGGAAUUGUGUGGAAAAAGUAAUAAUUUACUGAAAUAAAGUCCCAAUUGUGAUAAAUAAAGUCAGCAUUGGCACAAAUAAAGUCGGAAAUAGGCAAUUUUUUUUAUGUGGCGGAAACGGGCUUCCAUAGCUAUCAGGUAAAUCAAGGUAAAGAAAUCAUUACACAGUGAAGUCGUCAGUUGUUUGAGUCAUUCAUUGUCUCAGACUCUGGUGUGGUUUCUGACUCCGUACGACACGUCCCUAUCAAUACAAUGUAGAAAAAAGGUGCCACGGACGUCACGUAGCUCCGUCAUUUUUCACCACGGCACAUAGUCUGUCGUCAAUCCGCAAUGGAAUCGGAUUCUGGCAUGUGGAUAUUUUUGUUAGAAGUGAUUCAGAUGAUGAUACAUUUCCAGUUUUUUGCCGUGUCCUUAUUGGGAGAUUUUCAGAAUCUGUUUAUAUUCUGAACUUGUUGUUUUGUGGUUCACAGGAAAUGCAGAACAGCUCGAGCUCUGGAGAUUAAGACAAUGGGCUGAUAUAAAAACACACAAAAGCUCCAGUCUCCACCCAGAUGAGUCAAACUCUCACCUUGCACCGUCUUGCAUCCAAAGCCGAGCCCAGAAACUCUGCGUGUCUGUCUGUCUGUCUGUCUGUCUGUCUGUCUUUGUGUUCACACUGUUCUUAUUAGCACCAAUAUAGUCCAUUAGAAUUAAAUGGAACUAUAAACAGACAAAAAAAUAUGCCGUUAAUAAAUGAAUCCUUUUUCUGGCCGAUUGCUGUGAGAUAUGAGGAAUAAAAUACUUCAGGAUGUGCUGUUAGAAGAACUUAAUAAACUUUUAUUUAUAAAGAAAGUGAUAUAUAUAGAUAUAUAUAUAUGAUAUGAGUUUCACUCUUAAAUCUAAAUUUCUGUAAAUGUACUUAUUAUUAUUAUUAUCUGAAAAAGAAUAUAACAAUGAUGACUUGGAUUCAUCUCCAUUGCAAAUUGUGCCCUUUUUGGGCUGGACAUUUUAUUUGUUAGUCAUUUUUGGAUAAAUAUUUGCCAAGCAAAUACACUCAAACAUUCCCGUGCUUUCCAAUGCCGAGUGAAUUGUGUGACAUCGGACGCUUUUUAUUUCGUUAAGGUCGUUUAAUACAGUAACACUUCCUGACCCACCACUGAAUCCUCCUUCUGCACUUGUGCAUGUUGUCGUGAUGCUGCAGUGGGAUAAUGAGUCAAUCAGGGAAGCAUGUGAGCUGCACUUUUUGUGAGUUGUGUAAUUCUUUUGCGCACUAAUCCUAAAGACUUAGACUAGAUUGCGUCUUACACAAUCAAAUUAGCACAACAAGAAUGCCUUCGAAAAACGGAUAAUCCGAUUUUCCAUCACGACUAAAUCCACAUCGCUGUAUUGCUUUGUUCUAUUGAUAUCAAAUUCUGUGCCUUUUUAUCUCUGGGGAAAGAGAGAGGGGGUGGAGCUUCUUUAACUAAAUCUCAGAAAAGGGGCGUGGCCGUCUGUAUAUGUAUCAGUCCACAAAAUCUAUUCCUGUAACGCUGUGAAUAAAUUACCUCAGAAAGCCGGAUAGUCGGAACUCGGAAAAACACAAACGGCUGUUUUAUUUGUGAAAAAAAAAUUAAUGAGAGCAUCAAGCUAUACUAUAUGAAAACAAAUAUUGGGACACAUGAUUUCUCCACCCAUAUGUGGUUCUGACCCAAACUGUUACUACAAAGUCAGGCACACAAUUAUAUUAGAGUUCUUUGGAUGUGGGAAAAUAACAUUUUCACGUCCAUAUCGUUUAUGAUUACUGACGUAUAUUUUCCUUCUCCUCAGCAUAAAUCGUAGUAAAAGGGGCGUGGCCUCUGCCUUUAAUUGAUCAAAUUUGCAUGAACAUCACUGGGAUUUGAAUUUCUGUUACAGUCUAAUAUUGAGUGAAGGGUCUAAUCGUGGUAGCACGAUUUUUCGGUGUAGUUUUUCGGUGUCAGAGUCGCUGAUCAUCUCGCACACGAUACUCAUAGCUAGUUUCAGCAAAAAUUAAGCGAAAUCACUGUUUAACGUACAAAAAAGGAAUAUCUGUAUUGUGUGAUUGACGUUACUGACACAAUACCCAAUAAAAAAUAACUGUUAAUGCUGUAUUUAUUUGAGCCAGUUUUUUGUACGUUUUUCAAUCAUCGAGCUCUCGUUUACCCAUUCAAUUUCUUUAUCGCGUGUUAAUCGUCCGUUCCUCGUUAUCUGCGAAUCGUAAUUGGCGUAUUAAAUGGCAUGGGGUGAUAUAAAAAUCCUUAUUUUUCUCUAAGAAUCAUCAGAUAUCGUGCCAAUAUAAUAUCGUUUAGGGAGCGAUCAUUUCAUCGUAUCGCAAAAACGUGUCGUAUUCUGUUCCGGAAAGCCGUCCCCUGUUGUGGGGAAAUAUUAGGGGGAAAAACAGGACUUAAACACCUCAGCUAUUGUUUGACUGAAUUGUUUUUAUUUGAAAUAUUUUUAUUGUACAAAUGAACUGAUUUUAUUUUAUUUUUUGAGGCUGAAAGUGUUUUUUUAAGCAGAACUGAGGGGUGUAUUGCUCUCCGUGAUCUUUCCAUUUAGGGAAUUGUGGUGAUGGUGAUGUAAUUUAUAGCUGUAAAUGUGAAUAAAUUAAUAUGAUAUAAAA